AUGUCAAAUCCGAAGUCUAAUAAAGAAAUGAUAGGUUCCCUUUUGAAUUUGUCAGAAAAUACUAGACCAGAUUUGAGUUAUGUUGUAAGCAAGCUUGCACAAAAAUGUCAAUCACCAACUGAAGACGAUGUUAAUGAUGUUAAACAUGUCCUUCGCUAUCUUGUUUCAACUGGUAAAUAUAACUUAACUUAUUCCAAAUCAGGGCUACCUAUUAAAGUCUUUUGUGAUUCCGACUUUGCUGGCGACCCCACAGAUAGAAAAUCCAGAUGUUGUUAUGUUGCAAUGCUCGCAAACAGUCCAAUCUCAUGGUACUCGAAGAAACAUAAUUGUGUUGCUCUUUCUACUGUGGAGGCGGAGUUCAUUGCUAUGUGUGAAGUUACUCGUGAAGUUGUGUGGCUGAAACGAUUGCUGUCAGAGUUAGGUCAAUCUAGAUAUGUUCAAAGUCCAUGUACUAUUUUCUGUGAUAACCAAGGUGCAAUCAACAAGACUAAGGAAGUUGAUCAAAAUGUAUCCGAAAGAAACAAGCACAUUGACAUUCAAUACUUUUAUUGCAAAGAUAUGCAGGUUAAAGGCUUUGUGAAAUUUGUUUAUGUACCUUCAUUCAAUAAUAUUGCGGACAUCUUCACUAAACCCUUAAAUGGUCCUAAGACUAAAUACUUUUGUGAAAAGCUCCCGCGUUUAUGA